UCAUAUAUAAUAUGUAUCAUAAUAGUCAAGGUGUGUGUAGAUAAUGUGUUUUGUGUUUUCUUCUGAAUCGGAAUCUUCGGCGGUUUCUUUUCUUCAUGUCAUGUUUUUAUUUCUAGCUUGCUGAUAAAUUAAUACAGUUGUAGAUUAUAGAUUUUAAAUUUGUAAAUAAAUAAAACAUGUCAAAAUUAGCACAUGUAGUGGAAGGUGAGGCUUCGGAAUCGGAUUCAGAAAUAGAAGUUGGAAGAUCACCUGUAAGGGAUUUAAUAGAACCAAACACAGAAGAAUUUGUGAUUGCUGGUGAAGCACCCGAGUCAGAUGAUGAAUCGAAAAUUACCCUGCCACAAAAUGAUCCAGAAGUGCCUCUCUAUCCAGUCAUGUCUCCUGCACCGCCAAAUAAACUGAUGUACACUUCACUCUUACACCAAAAAUUGUGGGAAUGCAAUGUUUCCCUUCGAGCUACUAUAGAUGGCCUGGUGCGGCAUACUACAGACAUAUCUGUGGAGAAGCUCACAAGUGCUGAUAAGACUUUGUUAAAUGUACAAGAAAGCAUGCGAGCUACUAAUGCCAAUUUAACAUUGGCACGAGCAAGACUCAAGCAAAUUCACGCGGCUCUAGAGAAGUCAAAUUGUGGUGCGGCGUUACCAACUGUUAAGGUCAAACCGUGAAAAUAAAAUAAAAAUAUUGUAUAUAUAUUUCUUA